CGUAAUCCUGCGGAUCCCCUUGUCCGCCUCCAUCGCAGUGCCCAGCCAAUUCCGCUCCGAGCACGUUCUCCCUCGCUCCGCCUUCGAAGCUCCGAGCUCCAAAACCCUAGCCAUGCAGAAGCAGACGGGCAAGUCCGGCGGGAGCGGCGGCGGCACGCCGGCGAAGCGCGGCCGCCCGUUCGGGAGCACCGCCGGCAGCGGAGCCGCGGGCGCGGGCGCGGCGACAGCGGUCGGCGAUCCGGGGGCGCCCGCCGCGCUGGUCGGGCCGUCCCUCCAAGUCCUCUCGGCCCUCUCAGAUCAAAACAAUAAAAGAAUUGUCCUUGCGUUGCAAAGUGGGUUGAAGUCAGAGAUACUGUGGGCACUGAAUGCCCUUACAGUACUCUCAUUUAAGGAGAAGGAUGACUUCCGACGUGAUACAACACCUCUUACUAAAGUUCCUGGGCUCUUAGAUGCUCUUCUUCAAGUUAUUGAUGAAUGGAGAGAUAUUGCAAUGCCUAAGGACCAUCUGAAACCACCCAGAGUAAGAACUUUGGGUGCCAAUACAACACUCUCGGGCUUUGGUCAAGAGAACAUGGAAAAAGUCUACUCUGAUGCUGGCACUGCCUCUAAUGAUCAGUCGAAGACUGAGGAGUCCAGUGUCACAAAGAAGUGCUCUGCAAGCUUUUGGUUUGAUGAGGAUGGCUUGUUUAACAAUGAUGAUGAAGGGAGGGCAGAAAGGCAGCAGUGCGCUAUUGCAGCCUCCAAUAUAAUCCGUAAUUUCUCUUUUAUGCCAGAAAAUGAGACUAUCAUGGUUCAACAUAGGCAUUGCUUGGAGACUGUAUUUCAGUGCUUAGAAGACCAGAAUAGAGAAGAUGACGAGCUCAUAACAAACAUGCUGGAGACCCUUGUCAAUUUAGCACCUGUGUUGGACUUGAGAAUCUUCAGCUCAUCGAAGCCAUCGUUCAUUAAAAUGACUGAAAAAGGUGCAGUUCAUGCCAUAAUGGGUAUGCUUUCAUCUUCAGUAAAGCCAUGGCACUGUGCCGCUGCUGAAUUGAUUGGGCGUCUGAUAAUAAAUCCAGACAAUGAGCCGUUUCUUCUUCCUGUCAUUCCACAGAUAUACAAACGGCUAGUUGACCUCUUGAGCGUGCCAGCAUAUGAUGCACAGGCUGCUGCUGUUAGCGCACUCUACAAUGUAGCUGAAGUGAAUAUGGAUUGCAGGCUAAAGCUUGCCAGUGAGCGAUGGGCUGUUGACAGACUCCUGAAGAUUGUGAAGACGCCGCAUCCUGUGCCUGAGGUCUGCAGGAAGACGUCGAUGAUACUGGAGAGCCUUGUCUCCGAGCCUCAAAACAGGAUGCACCUCCUUGUGCACGAGAACACGUUUGCUGAGAUCCUGACGACAGAAGGGAAAUACUCGGACACCUUUGCUCGGAUCCUGUAUGAACUGACUGCAAGGCCGAGCAACAAGGUGACCUCGGGGCAUGCUAUCUGGGGAAACAUAAACUGAUGAAAGUGCUGGCCUGUAAUUUGUUGUUGAAGUCUAGAUGUAGGUACUUCGUUGACCAUGGAUUGAGUCCCCGACUGCAUGUAACAAUUUUAGCUGUAUCUAGUUUGCAGCUUGGCGUCCUGACCUAAUCUGAAUGUAUGUGUACUUUUUUGGGCUGCCGAAGCCCCGCUUUGUUAGAAAACAACAUUUACGUGCUAUACAAUUUGCUGGAAUCAGAAACCUCGAAUUGCUUU